GCUGGGGGGAGCGUGAUGACGGCUGAGACUGAGAACACAGGAGACCUCGUGCGGUGUCUUGGUCACCUUCAAAGCACAUCUCUCCCAGCAGAGACACAGACCAACCCUGGCUGCUGGCAGGCCCCAGAGCCGAAAUAUUCCUCAACUCAGUUCCUGAGGCAGGAGAGUUCAGAGGCCGACGGCCCCUCCUGGGUGGGGGAACACAUCACAUCAGCCAUGCCCAGAUGCGGUGCCUUCAUCCCCCUCCUCCUCUUCAUCCUCCCCGGGGCCUCCUCCCAUUGUUACACAGGCACGGAAAAUGAAUGCAAGAAGCAUGUGGCCUUCGUGCCCGGGCACAGCUUGGUAGGAAGGGGCAUCGAUGUGACCACGAUGGGCAGGAAGGGGGCCCAUCUGGUCAACAGCAGCCUCUGGCAGCACGAGGACGGCACCUGCACCCUGUGUCAGAACCAACUGCAGGGAGGGCAGUGGCAGAGGCUGCCACUGGCCGUGGUGGACUGGCGGGUCCACGUCUCGUGCCGUCGGAAGCUGAGCAGCUCGGUGCAGCAGUCGGUGAUGGGAAUGAUGGAGUCUGCUGCAUCCCCGGUGCAGAACGACUGGAAGGCGGGGCUGGACGUGCCUGUGAAGCCCAAGGUUAAUGUCCAGGUGGCGCUGGCCGGAUCACAUUCCAAACUGGCCAAUUUCCUGCUAGACCACACGCGGAUGGACAAAUACAGCUUCAUAAGCCACGAGGUCUCCUGUGGCUAUUACAGGUUCCGGGUCAGCGAAAAGCCCCCACUCACCAGCCAUUUCACUCUGGCGCUGGAGAACCUCCCGGGCCAGUACGACAGCAAAUCGAAGGUGGAGUACCAGCAGCUAAUCAGCAACUACGGCACCCACUACAUGUCCCAGCUGCAGCUGGGGGGCCGGGCGCGGGACGUGACGACCGUGCGGGUCUGCGAAGCGGCAUUGAGCAGCUUGACUGACGACGAAAUCAAGGACUGCUUGAGCAUGGAGGCGUCUGUGAGUAUCGGAAUGGGCUCGGUCAAAGGUGGGAACAGCAAGUGCGAGGAGGAGAAGAAGAAGGGGAAGGUCCAGGGGAGCUUCCAUGAGACGUAUCGGGAGCGCCACGUGGAGGUGGAGGGAGGAGAGAGCACGACUGACGUGCUCUUCUCCGGCAGUGAUCCCAAGGUCUUCUCGGCCUGGAUUGAGAGUCUCAAAGGGAACCCUGGCCCGGUGUCCUAUUCGCUGCAACCCAUCCACAACUUGCUGGAGCAGAACGACCCCAAGCAGAAGGCGCUGAGGCAGGCAGUCAGUGAGUACAUCCGUGAGAGGGCCCUGAUGAGAAAUUGCACCCGAAGCUGCCCUCAGGGGACUCAACGCAGCGCCCAUGACCCCUGCUCCUGCGUCUGCCCCGGGGAUACCAUGACCAACACCAUGUGCUGCUCGCGGGAGCGUGGCCUGGGGAAACUGAUGGUCACAGUGAAGAAGGCCAGUGGCCUGUGGGGGGAUUACUUUACCGCUACGGAUGCCUUUGUCAAGGUCUUCUUUGAGAGAAGGGAGAUCCGGACCGGCACCAUCUGGAACAACAACAAUCCCGUCUGGAACGUCCACUUGGACUUUGGUACCGUCCGCAUCACCAGCACCAGCAAGAUCCACAUAGAGGUCUGGGACGAGGACAACAAGUGGGACGAUGACCUCCUAGGAGGCUGUGACAUCCCGCUGGAGGCUGGGGGGCCCCACCAGAAGGAUUGCUACCUGAACCACGGCCGCAUCUGGUUCCAGUACAGCCUGCGCUGCGGGCCCCACCUCGGGGGUCGGAGCUGCCUCGACUAUGUCUCCCAGCCACCCCAGCUGGGAACAGCCAAGGGGAAGGAGGUGGAGGCCUUCUGGUGAGCCCUUGAUUGGAGAGGGUCAUGGAUGUGCACUGGUCACUAGCGCUCCCUGUCCCCCAGAGCAUUUCCUAGUUCCCGCUCUGCUGACACUACUGAGCUUCAUGCUGUCACUCCUGCUCGGGAAUCGGUGUCUUCUAUGCCCCUAAGAGACUGUCUGCUCCUGUGGCCCGAUAUCCUCGCAGCUCCCUCUGGGAAAACAUCCCACCAUGAACCGCCCGUUCCGGAACCAUCAGACCAGUGUGUCCAAUGAUUCCAGCCAUCCAAUGUAUCCAUCUAACCAACAAACAAAGCAUGUACCUACUGCAUCCAACCUAUCUGCCCCCUGAAUCCAGCCAACUGCCAGCAUGUGUAGCAGGUGCAACCAACCAACCAAUGAAUGUUAAGUACGUCCAGUCAACCCAUAUGUGCUGGCAGUGCAACUCAUCCACCACCCCACGUAUCCAUCCACCCACUGUAAUUACCUGUCUAGUGCACCCAGCUGAAAAGAGAUCAUGAGGAGAAAAGCUCCACCCCUGUCCUAUUGUGGCAUCAGGGAUUAACCCUCUGCAGAAACCUGAAGAUACUCCAGCGAUGGGCAAGUUCUAAACACGCAGUGGAUGGGCUGGGCUCCUGGAGGGAGGGUUC